GCGCUCAGUCCGAACCUCGUAACCGAAAAGAUCUAAACCAGUUGGUACUUUGCGCGCAAUUAAUUUCCGCUAGGUCUUUCGAGAAGUUUCGUGGUGUAGUUCCAAGUUCAAACAGUGAGUACUAUCCGUUCGCACAUUGUUUGAUUCACCUAAAUUUCAAACGAAACGCGAGUCCGAAGAUAUCUCCCGGGCCAAAAAAUAAUCUACAUAUAGCAAGAGCAAAGAAAUCAAUCGGUUUAUGCAAAAUCUUGACCAAAAUAUUGGAUAUCGGAUCACAAGGCUAACGAAUUUGGAGUUAUAUGUAUAUAUCUUCAUCCUGAAUACUCAGUAUACAUUAAUUGUUUUCUAAUGGCUCAAGAAAAAGAGUCUCUUGUGGAGUCUCAUUGGUCUGAUUUUCAACCUCCAUCAAGCUCAGCGAUGAUCUACAGACGGGAAGUUAUUCCUCGUCAACGAGCGUUAUCUGCGUUACUAAUUGGCUUGGGAAUUAUUGUAACAUUGAUACUUUUACUGGUUUUAUCCUACUUCAUGCAUAUUUACUCGAGUGAUCAUUCACAUAUUAACAUGCAUGAUUCACUAAAUCCAAUUUGUUUAUUACCAAGAUUAACUGGUAAAUGUCAUGCAAAACUUCAUCGUUGGGGUUGGAAUUCACAAAAAACAAUCUGUGAAGAAUUCAUCUAUGGUGGUUGUGAUGCAAAUGAAAAUAAUUUUUUAACUAAAGAAGAAUGUGAAACAAUAUGUAAGAUUACAGUUUACAUAUAA